AUGCUGGCGAGCAGUAGAGGCAGCUUCUCAUUCGAGUUGCCUAAGCUCGCACCAGCCACGUCGACCCUGCCUUGGGCAGACAUCUCAGCUUCACCACAGGCGCUCGACACCAGCAAGCUUCGUCUGAACUUGUUCACACACGAAUCUUUGGUUUCUGCCAUCACAAUAUCCUACUCCGACCCUUUCGAUCAUGAGAAUGGGUCUUCGCUGUCCAAGGAGACGGUUGAAGAUGCCAAGAAGAACACUCGACAGGAAUUCAACUUCGGUUUCGAGACAAUGCGUUCACCCAAGACUGGUCAGUCCAUCCCUGGAACCGGUUUGGAUGCUGGCCACAUCCGUUCUGGAAGUCCUUCCAAGACCCAGAAGGAGAUCCAGUCAACCAAAUACGUGACUGCCGCAGAGUUUGAAGAGCAGCGCGGCCGUUCAUUUCCCGUUUUCGGCACAGGCAUGGAUCCGCUCCCCAUCACACGGGUCAAAAGCUGGCCAAAAAACAAGCCUGCGAGCCCCAAGCCUGACGGUUCCAAUCCUGACGACAUCCACGGUUCCGGAAGCGGCUCUCUACAGAAUCAGCAUGUAGAUCAGCAGGAGACAGAGACAGCAGCUCAAUCUUCCGCAGAUCACACCAUGGACACGAAUGACCAUGUGGACAACAAUGAAGCCACUGACGAAGCUGACUUUGUCCUGAACCUCCACAACGGUCGAACGGUCAUCUUGGAUAAGAGCGCCAUCGCGAAUCCACGCAUGCUGCCAAUCCGUUCCGUCGAGAUUCCAGGUGGUCAAAAGGUAUACUUGAACAUCGACAAUGAACUCCUUUCGCUAUCUCAAGUCAAUGUCAUGGUUGAUGCCGCCGGUCGUGAUGAAACUGAAGAUGACAAAAUCCGCGAUCCCGUCUCCAUCCCUCGAAGUGGCGAUUCUCACAUCAUCCCAGCCCUUGUUCAUGUCAACGGCGAUCUUCUCAAGGGCUAUUCUUCCAAAACCCUGGCUCGUGUUGGUGCGGGAGGCGGUGCAGGUCUGGUCACGCUAAUCGACUACCGAGCUGGCCAGUAUUCGCCCGCACAGUUGAUCCUGACAUUUCAUGUUCGAAAUGGUCGUCAACUCCAGUCGAGUCUCAAAAUUGUUCUAUACAUGGGCAGCGCUACAAAUUCCACUCGACAAAACGUUUCGACCAACCAGACAGAGUGGCUUCGCUCUGCGUUCUCCCUCAGCCCCGACGACCAGAGCCUCAUUGCAGGUCUUCGCGACGACAUGACAGAAGUCAAGCAUGAUCUGUUCGCAGAUCUGUCGCGUUUUGGUCCCGAAGCUCAAGAGAAAGACAUCGAGCCUGCCGAGCUGAUGGUCUUGAAGUGUGUCUCUGUCGAUUCUGUUCAACUGACAUUCCAUCGAUCCGAUAUUUGCCUUCAAUGGAACAACAUUGCGAAGGUGCGCUACUGUGAAGCACUCGAGAACACGCUCAAGGCCGUCUUUGCGUCGGCAGAUCCUCUCACAUUCACCAUCACCACCGCGGAUAGUCCUCUCGCUAGCGAGAUGUGGACGAACCUCACACAGUACUCUCGAGAUGAGCAUGCUUUUGAUGCUUUGAUAAGUAACUGCAACUACCGCUAUCAAGAUCUGUCUUUCGCCACCUUCAACUUGGAAGCACAACGUCCAUCCAAAUCUGUUCCUCGAGCCUACGUCUUCAAGGACCCUACCCAUCGAACUUGUGCUUUGGUCGGUGGAAGUACGGACUCCAUCAUGUACGAGCUCCAGGCCGCUGACAAGAUGGCCAAAGUCGAGCUCUCUUUCAUCGUCACUGUAUCCCCCUUCUCUCGAUGGAAGAGUACUGAAGACGAUCUCAUCACGUACGGUAUACCAGCUGAUGAUUCUCCAACAGAGAUGACGCUCUUCUGCUCGAUCAGCGAGCAUUACGACCUUCCUUUGGAGAACAAGCCUUGUGUGAUCACCCUCAAGCAACCAGAGAUAGUUCGUCAACGGCCUGCCGACAUUGAGAUGACCGAAGACAUUCACAAAGAACUUUCGAGCCAGAUUGAGAAGAUUGUGCAAGCCGUUGCCGAAGAGGUCAAGUUUGCUUACGACAAGAAAGUCCAGCAGGUCGCAAACAUGCGUCAAGAGACCGAAGCACAGCAGGAAAAGCACGAAGAUGCAGAAGCCGAACUUGCCCACUUUCGUGCCGACCGUGCCUUCGACCUCUUUGCCGAUCGUCUCUUUGAUUACGUCAACCGUCCUUCAGCCGGCGCCCAGCCCUUCCUUACUGACCUUGACGACGAAGUCAUGCGCAAAGCCAUCACUGCCGUGUAUGAGGGUUGCCGGUGGCUCGCUAUGCAUUACGAGGACGAGCACGCAGACAUGGUCGUCGAGAUUGGCAAAUGGAUUCGUGACAAUGGCGUACCGCAGCAAGCAACACCCGAACCCGAGCAAACACUCGAAGUCUCCGCGCGCCGCUUGCCCCUCCCUCCGGGUAUCCCUGGUCGUGUCGCCAUGUUCUCGGCGUCGAUUCCCAAAGACGACAAGUGGGCUUCUUGCUACAAAGCUCCGCCAAAGAAGACUGGACUGCCCUUCACUCCGAUGCGCACCAGCCUGAAGGAGUUCUGCGAGACAUUAUCAUCAAGCCGUCUGCGAAAGAUGAACAUUGUCAGAGGCACCGUCAAGCCUCUUGUUUUGUCGACAACAGCCAAGCACGAAGCCAGCGCCGUGCAGACCUUGAACAAUCCUGGACCAGUCAACACUGAAGCUUUCGAUCACGCGAUUCACAAUGAUCUGGAUAACGAGCAUUCAUCACAUGAAUACUUUGAAAGCAUCGACCCCCUUCAGGAAGAACCCAGCCGUCGUGAACGUCGUGAAGCAGCCCGUAAGCUCAAGAGCGAGGUUGCCAAAGCGAUGGCCACAUCGUACCAGCGCAGCCAUGAACGCCACAUUGCUGCCGAACAAUCCUCCACCGAUCACGAUGCUACCGGGGACAACGAUGUCGACGAAAAUGCUGCUGGAGCCCCUUGGGAUGAUGACGCCGCCGUCGAGAACAUUGCUGCUGGAGCCCCUUGGGAUGAUGACGCUGCCGUCGAGGACACUGCCGCCACCGAGGACACUACCGCCACCGAGAACACUGCUGCCACCGAGGACACUGCUACCGGGCACAAGCAUGAUGGGGAUGCUGAGCCGGAGCGUGUCGAGAGAGGUCAAGUGCUUUACCUUGUCAACUCCAGAAAGAACGUUGCCGAUGCAUUGCUUCGAGGCCACAAGUUCGCUCCCGACAUCAAGCGUAUGAGGUGCUACUCAUGGGAGAAAGAGCUUGCCAACAUAAUGUCCACUGAGUCACGCGGUCCUCGCCAGGUUCAGUUCGACACCGUUUUCGCGUCGGCUGGUGAGAGUGCUUUGGAGGCUUACAAGAACAAGAUUCGGGAAGAGACUUGGAAUGAUGUCUCUCCUGCUUCAGAUCCAAACUCGGUGUCAGAGAAUGCAAAGCGCAACCUUGAGACAUACCCUGGAAGGUGGACGCAACUUCGUCAGGGAUUGACCUAUAGGGACACUGAUCCAACCCUUUGGAUGAAGAACAAGGCAGAAGCGAAGAAAGCCGCCGUCGAGUUGCUCGACUUCACGAUUGCGCAGGCCGGCGUGGUCUAUGCCACUCCCGCUGCAAUCGCUUCAUGCGCCAGUCGUUUGGUUUCGUUCAUGCCCGACAUGAUCAUCAUCGACGAAGCCCAGAACCUCAAUGAAGCCGCCACGUUCAUCCCCAUGGCCAAGUAUCCCCGGGCUCCAUUUGUCUUGAUCAUUGGGGACGUCAACCAGUCAACGCUUCUCUCUGUCGCCGCUGAGACGGAUGAGUACCAAGAUCUCUUCGGCUAUCAACACGCAACAUCUUUUCUCGACCGUCUCGCGAAGUGCAACAAGAUUGACUUCACUCUUAUGUACUCUCAUCGUCCUUUCGGCACCGCGUUCGAAAUUGCUCGCCAACUCUUCUACCGCGAGACCAUGAGCAUUGUCCAUCUGAAACAUAUGCCCAUGCAAAACUGGGCUUGGCUCAAAUACAUUGCUGCGUUCAUGGAGGUGUCUCACGUCAGAGUACCGUCCGUCAUGCUUAUGCCGAAGAACUCAAGCGAGGUUAUCCACGGCACCUCGUUCAUCAACGAGGAGAACGCCCGCAUCGUCCAGAAGCUCGUUGUGCAGCUGUACCAAGAAGCACCACUUUACAAUUCGAAGGAUCUGAAUGACGCUGUUAUGAAGAACGAGCACCGUCCGAUUCAACGCGGCACAAUACUUGUCGUCACCGCUUACGCGGCUCAAAAGAACUUGCUGAAGAACAUGAUCCAGGAGAUUCGGCCCACCGAAGCUCCUCUUGCGCUCAUCGAUGUUCGGACAAUUGACGAGUCUCCUAGUCAUCAAGCCGAUAUGGUGAUCGUCGAUCUCCCUCGAACAACCUCAGGCGUCUUCCAAAGCAAGCACGAUCGCUUGUGCAUCAGCUCAACACGUUCCCGAGCUGCCAGCUUCUUUAUCGUGGCUGAGGGGGGAUUGGCUGGCAAGUGGGCGAAAGACUUGCUCGACGCGCACGAGAGCAACUCAACUGUACUCGAACUGCGCUACAAGAGUCCUUUGACUAUGUUUUGCGACCACUGUGGCAAUCAUGGACAUGUGAACACCCCUGGGUCUCCGUGUGGGACUGUGGCUCUCUGCAAUCCUUGCAAUGACGCUGGACUGCCCGCAGGCCACAUUGCACGGAACUGUCCAGUGGCUGACCAGCACCCGCCCGCAUCAGAGCAGGCUGGAACAUAUUCGCGCGAUCUGUCGGAGCUCAAGCCGGUCCCUCAUCCUGACAAUCAGCCUCCGUCAGUCCGAUACGGCGUGUCAGCUGCAGCGGCCAAGCACCAUGGCAAAGUCACGAAAGUGAACAAGACUCUCGGUGACAAUAAAGCCAAGCCCAAAAAGCGUGCACCUUUCAAGGUUCGUGAUGUCCAUCCCGAUGGAGAGACAUCAGCCAUGGGCAAGCUUCGAGAGACUAUCGCGUCCCAACUUCGAUUCCCUGCCAGCGACACAGAGAACCGAGAUGGCUCGCGUGAAGAUGCUGAAGAUGGUCAGGAAGAUGGAUCUGGCCAGUGGAAUUCGCCAGACGAGCAAGACCGGGAAACGGAGGAAACAGACGGCUGGUGA